GCCAGGGUUUGGAGCGUUCCGCCCGAGGAGCUAUUCGAUAGCGCGUUUUGCUGCGGGUGUCCCUAUUGGGUCAGCCAUUUAUCAUGGCUGCAAGACAGGUGCAGAGGGCUUUGCUGAACAGGAGAGCAACCUCAUCAUUAGACGCCCAGAGGAUAGAGUUUGAAAAAACUCAGAUGUCGCAUUUUUCGAAGGCGACCAGCUCGCAGGAGAUGCCGGUCAAAACCAAGCACGUGCGUGCUCUGAUCAUUGGCACGCAUCACGAGCACAGCGCGCACACCUUCUGGUCGCUGGCCGAGCGCGUGCCGCUACAGGAACACCCCAUCACCUGCUGGAAGUUCUGCCUUGUGCUGCACAAGGUGCUGCGUGAGGGGUACCGCAACACGAUGCGUGAAUCAUACAGCCGGCGUAACAUGCUGCGAGAACUCGCCACCUUCUGGGGCCACCUACCGGACGCCUACGGCAAGCUGAUCCAGAGCUACAUGCAGGUGCUGCUGGUCAAGCUGCGCUUCCACAUCAAGUACCAUGGCUUUCCGGGCACGCUGACGCUCAGCGAGGACGAGCUGGAACGGCUCGGCGAGAACGACCCCAACAACUACUUCGAGAUGGCCGUGGAGAUCCUAGACUACCUGGAGGCCAUCGCCACCAUGCAGUCAGCCGUGUUCGGCUCGCUGGACAUGUCGCGCUCGUCGUCCAUGACCAAGGAGGGCCAGUGCCGCCUGGCGCCGCUGAUACCGUGCAUCCAGGACUCGAUCGCCCUCUACAACCACUCCAUGAAGAUCAUGUUCCAGCUGCACUCCAUCCUGCCGCCGGACCUGCUCUCCGGACACCGGCAGCGCUUCAACAAGCUGUUCGCCUCGCUGAAGCAGUUCUACCACAAGUCGGCCAACUUGCAGUACUUCAAGACGCUAAUCCAGGUGCCACAGUUGCCUGAGAGCCCGCCCAACUUCUUCCGCGCGUGCCAGCGGAGUGACCAGGUGGAGGCGGCUGUGAUUCUGCCGGAGGAGGAGGAGGAGGAGGCGGACCCGCUAGUCGACAUGUCGGAGUCGGGCCCUUCCGACAGAUUUGGAGACACGCUGGAAAUUGUGGAUGGGCCGCCACCACCGCCGCCGCCGCGGCCGGACGUGGAGGAACAGCUGCGCCAGCAGCUGCUGGCCCGACAGCAGGAGGCGGCGGCGCUGCGCGCGCGCGCCGAGCAGGUGGAGCUGCAGCUAGGCGAGCGGGAGAGCCUGCUGCACUCUGAGCAGGAGAGGUGCGCCGAGCUGGAGGCGCGGCUGUCGGCCAGCGUGGAGACGGCCGCCGCCGCAGCCAGCCAGAGCGCGCGCGCCGCCGACGAAAAGUUCCAGAAGAUGAAGGGCGUGUACCAGCAGCUGCGCGAGGAGCACAUCCGGCUGAUCCGCCAGAAGGCCGAGGUGGACCAGCAGGUGCUUUCGGAGCAGCAGGCGCGCGAGCAGACGAAGCUGGCGCACGCCGACCUGCAGCUGCAGCUGAGCAGCCUCAGCGAGCAGCGUUCCGUGGCCGAGGAGCAGCUGCAGCGGUCGGAGGCGCGCUCGGCAGAGCUGGCCGCCAUUCAGUCGGAGCUGCAGACGUCCCGGAGCCGGUGCGCGGCGCUGGAGGGCCAGCUGCAGGAGCAGACCACGCACGCCAGCCUGGCACAGGUGGAGCGCGACGAGCAGCAGGCGCGCGGCCGCCAGCUGCAGGCUGAACUGGAGGCCGAGCGGGCGCGCCACCGACGCGAGCAGGCCGACCGCGCUCAGCGCACUCUGGUCGACUGCGUGACAGCGGCUGAGCAGAUGGUGCAGCGUUCGCUGGAUGAGUUCGACAACCCCAUGUUCUCGGCCGUCACGUGCACUCCAGAGUACCUGCUGGGUCAGAUCGAGCCGCUGCUGGAAGCGCUGGAGCCGGUGGCGGGCGCCGGCGACGGGCCCGAGCUGCUGGGCCGGCUCCUUUCGUUCGCCCACAUGGCCGGGCAGUUCCUGCUGCACGGCAAGGCUACCUCCAACACUAGUCCCAACAUUCAGCUGGGCGAAGAGAUGUCGGCCGUGUGCGUCAGCCUGGCGCUGGCGCGGCUCGGCGAGCUGACGCGUCGCGUGGCCGACUCGCUGCGCGCCGUCAGCGGCGAGGAGGUGGCCUCGCUCGUCGAGCAGGAGAUGACCGCCAUGGACAGCGCCAUCGAGGCGGCGGCCGCGCGCAUUCAGGAGAUCCUGAUGGCCGCCCGCACCGCCGACUCGGGCGUCAAGCUCGAGGUCAGCGAGAAGAUCCUGGACUCUUGCACCGGCCUCAUGCGCGCCAUCAAGGUGCUGGUGCAGCGCAGCCGCGACCUGCAGGCCGAGAUCAUCGCCCAGGGCAAGGGGUCGGCGUCGCCCACCGAGUUCUACAAGCGCAACCACCGCUGGACGGAGGGCCUCAUCUCGGCGGCCAAGGCUGUCGGCAUGGGCGCCAAGUCGCUGCUGGACGCGGCCGACCGGCUGGUGGCAGGCACGGGCAAGUUUGAGGAGCUGAUUGUGGUCACCCACGAGAUCGCCGCCUCCAGCGCCCAGCUCGUCAUCGCGUCCAAAGUCAAAGCCGACCGCCAGAGCAAGAACCUGGCGAACCUCGGCCAGGCGUCGCGCGGUGUUUCAGAAGCCACCGGCUCCGUGGUGGCCACCGCCAAGUCUUGUAUGCAGCUGGUCGAGGACAAAGCCGUGUUCGACUUUGGCAGUCUGUCACUGCACCAGACCAAGCGGCAGGAGAUGGAGGCGCAGGUGCGCGUGCUGGAGCUGGAGGCGCAGCUGCAGCGCGAGCGGGUGCAGCUGUCGGCGCUGCGGCGCCAGCACUACCAGCUGGCCGGCGACCUCGAGGGCUGGGAGGAGGUGGACAAGCCGCUCUAGGCGCGCGGCGGCGGUUGCG